UCAGACUACAAUCCCCAACGAUGACGACGUGUGGUCAUGGCGUGAUGAUAACGAGGGGAAUAGUCCAUUGGUUCCUUGGAGAUCGUCCCGUGUGUGGCAGAUAAACUUCAUUUAGGAUGAAGAAUGGGGGUGAUUGAGUGGCUCGUGCCUUACCGAGCCUGUAAACUCCGGAGAAAUCAAUUUAAUUAACCUUCACAUCAUGCAUCUGCUCCUCGGCAAUAGCAAGCCAUGCAGAAUCUGCAUCGCAAAGAGCGGGUUUCCGCCCGCUGUAGAAACCUGGGGCUGGAUGUUAAAUACUGGAUAUUCAGGGGUGACAGAAUACAGCGCAUCUGCCAAAUUUGCUACCAGUUCUACCCCCAAGUCUGCCUCAAUGUGAAAAUGUAUGAGAAGACUGAAGAUCAGCCCCUGAAGAGGCAUAAGUGCCGGCAUGAGGGGUCAGGCGUGGCCAAAAGGCAACGGGCCGGAGUCCGUCGGGAUAUCCACUUCAUCCCCGGCGCCAACGGCUUUAGCCCCGCUUUGUAGGAUGCAUAUCGCUGCUUCCCAUAUGGUUCCAGGACCGGAGAGUUCGGGGAUCAAUCACAACGGCGAAGCGGAUAUGUGUCCAAAUGGGGAACAGAUGUCCGCACGCGUGGGAACCAGCUCCGUUGGACGAGAUCAGAGGUCCUUUACCAUUAAUUUCCCCGGGGGACUUGACGCGCGCGACUGGGAGCGCCGUCUGCAAUACUUGGUAACUUCGCGUCCGAAGUUUUCUUGGCCAGGCAUGUACCCAUGGACAGGAAUCAGAUGAAUAUGUUGUGACUAGACCAUAUCAGAAAGGGCCAUUCCAUCUAGCUUAUCCUUGCGGUGGAAUGGACGGCCAAGAGGAUAUACCAGUUCGAACUGCCCAGAGCACGCGGGAAGAUCGCUGAUUUAUUUGGAGUUGCCGCAGAUCAGUUACCGGUACCGAAGAUCGACCCGAUGUCGAUCGUUGCUAGAAGAGGCUGGCGA